UGGGGUUCUCUUCCCUUCCCACACAAAUAGAUGAGCGCCUGGAACGAGGCUCAGCUUGUUUUCCUUCAAUGAGAUGGAUGCUGGCUACGGUGGGCUCUCCUGGGACUUUUAAUCCCUGCUUUCGACUUGAGGUUUUCUCGUCAUUGGUUGGGUGAAUUUGAACCUGGUUUCUGCUCGCUGUUGCUUCUCCAGGUGAGUAACUUAGGUGAAAAUGUCCUCUUCAAGGCCUAGCCAGUCAUCCAGUAACUCAGGAAGGUCAAGACAUACUGCUCGAAUUAUUGCUCAGACCACUGUAGAUGCAAAACUCCAUGCAAAUUUUGAGGAGUCUGGUAGCUCUUUUGACUACUCGAACUCGGUGCGUAUCUCUGGCACUGUAAAUGAAGAGCAGAAACCAAGAUCUGACCGAGUGACGACAGCUUACCUGCAUCACAUACAGAAAGGCAAGCUGAUCCAGCCUUUUGGGUGCUUGCUAGCCUUAGAUGAGAAAACAUGCAAGGUGAUUGCAUACAGUGAGAAUGCUCCUGAAAUGUUGACCAUGGUUAGUCAUGCUGUACCUAGUGUGGGUGACAACCCUGCCCUUGGCAUUGGCACAGACAUAAGAACCAUAUUCACUGCCCCAAGUGCUUCAGCAUUGCAGAAAGCAUUAGGAUUUGGGGAAGUUUCACUUCUCAACCCCAUCUUAGUCCAUUGCAAGACCUCUGGCAAGCCCUUCUAUGCAAUUAUCCAUCGUGUGACUGGCAGCUUGAUAAUUGAUUUUGAGCCCGUCAAACCUUUUGAAGUUCCCAUGACUGCAGCUGGUGCCCUUCAAUCUUACAAGCUUGCUGCCAAAGCAAUCACUAGAUUGCAAUCUCUGCCCAGUGGGAGCAUGGAAAGGCUAUGCGAUACAAUGGUCCAAGAAGUUUUUGAACUCACAGGUUAUGACAGGGUGAUGGCUUAUAAAUUUCAUGAGGAUGAUCAUGGGGAAGUAAUCUCUGAGAUCACAAAGCCAGGUUUAGAGCCAUAUCUGGGUUUGCAUUACCCAGCCACUGAUAUUCCACAGGCUGCACGUUUUUUAUUUAUGAAGAACAAGAUACGUAUGAUUGUAGAUUGUCGUGCGAGGCAUGUGAAGGUGCUUCAAGAUGCAAAACUUCCAUUGGAGUUAACUUUGUGUGGUUCAACCUUGAGGGCUCCUCAUAGUUGCCAUUUGCAAUAUAUGGAGAACAUGAAUUCAAUUGCUUCCCUGGUUAUGGCAGUUGUGGUCAAUGACAGUGAUGAAGAUUUGGACAGCUCUGAUUCUAUCCAGCCACAGAAGAGAAAGAGACUUUGGGGUUUAGUAGUUUGCCAUAACACUACACCAAGGUUUGUUCCAUUUCCUCUUCGGUAUGCUUGUGAAUUUCUGGCUCAAGUAUUUGCCAUCCACGUGAAUAAAGAAUUAGAGUUAGAAUUCCAGAUUGUUGAGAAAAACAUCCUGCGCACCCAAACACUUCUUUGUGAUAUGCUGAUGCGAGAUGCACCCCUUGGUAUAAUAUCACAGAGCCCAAAUAUAAUGGAUCUUGUGAAAUGUGAUGGGGCUGCUCUCUUGUAUAAAAACAAGGUAUGGAGGAUAGGAGUAACGCCAAGUGAAUCCCAGAUCCAAGAGAUAUCUAUAUGGCUCUCUGAGAACCAUAUGGAUUCUACAGGUCUAAGUACGGAUAGCUUGUCUGAGGCAGGGUUCCCAAGUGCUCUUGCUUUUGGCGAUAUAGUAUGCGGAAUGGCAGCCGUGAGAAUAUCUUCAAGAGAUAUGGUUUUCUGGUUUCGGUCGCAUACUGCUGCAGAAAUUCGAUGGGGUGGUGCGAAGCAUGAACCUGGUGAGCAGGAUGACAAUAGGAGGAUGCAUCCAAGAUCAUCAUUUAAAGCUUUCCUUGAGGUUGUGAAGUCAAGGAGCUUACCAUGGAAGGACUACGAAAUGGAUGCUAUCCAUUCCUUGCAGUUAAUCCUGAGGAAUGCAUUUAAAGAUACAGAGAAUAUGGAUAUAACCACCAGUGCAAUUAACACAAGAUUGAGCGAUUUGAAGAUUGAAGGGAUGCAGGAAUUGGAGGCAGUGACAAGUGAGAUGGUGAGGUUAAUUGAAACAGCAACAGUGCCAAUUUUGGCAGUUGAUGUUGAUGGGCUGGUCAAUGGAUGGAAUACAAAAAUUGCUGAGCUGACGAGUCUUCCAGUUGGUGAAGCAAUCGGGAAGCAUCUACUCACACUAGUUGAGGAUUCUUCAACUGAUAGGGUGAAGAAGAUGCUGGACAUGGCACUGCAAGGUGAAGAAGAGCAGAACGUCCAAUUUGAGAUCAAAACACACGCAUCUAAGAUUGAUGCUGGUCCUAUCAGGUUGGUUGUUAAUGCUUGUGCAAGCAGAGAUCUUCGAGACAAUGUAGUGGGGGUUUGUUUCGUGGCCCAAGAUAUAACUGCUCAGAAGACAGUUAUGGACAAAUUCACUCGUAUUGAAGGUGAUUACAAGGCGAUUGUCCAGAAUCCAAACCCAUUGAUCCCCCCCAUAUUUGGUACAGAUGAAUUUGGCUGGUGUUGUGAGUGGAAUCCUGCAAUGAUCAAGUUAACUGGAUGGAAGCGAGAGGAGGUGAUGGACAAAAUGCUCUUAGGGGAAGUUUUUGGAACUCAUGCAGCUUGUUGUCGUCUAAAGAAUCAAGAAGCUUUUGUUAAUUUUGGAAUUGUACUUAAUAAAGCCAUGACUGGUUUGGAAACUGAGAAGGUUGCUUUUGGCUUUUUCUCUCGGAAUGGAAAGUAUGUAGAGUGCCUGCUUUCUGUGAGUAAGAAGUUGGACGUAGAGGGUACAGUUACAGGGGUUUUCUGCUUCUUGCAGCUAGCUAGCCCAGAGUUGCAACAAGCAUUACAUAUUCAGCGGCUAUCUGAACAAACUGCCUUGAAGAGACUGAAAGUUUUAACUUACAUGAAAAGGCAGAUACGGAACCCUUUAUGUGGGAUCGUGUUCUCCCGUAAAAUGUUGGAGGAUACUGAGUUGGGAGCUGAACAGAAACAACUUCUGCACACUAGUUCCCUGUGCCAGCGCCAGCUCAGCAAAGUUCUUGAUGACUCUGAUCUUGACCGCAUCAUUGAUGGGUACUUAGAUCUGGAGAUGGUUGAAUUUACUCUGCAUGAAGUGUUGGUUGCCUCUCUCAGUCAAGUAAUGACAAAGAGCAAUGCAAAGGGUGUCAGGAUAGUGAACGAGGUGGCCGAGCAGAUCAUGACAGAAACCUUAUAUGGUGACAGUCUAAGACUUCAACAGGUCUUAGCCGACUUCUUAUUGAUGUCCGUCACUUUUACACCCUCUGGAGGUAAGGUGGUGGUUGCAGCCUCUUUAACGAAAGAUCAAUUGGGACAAUCAGUCCACCUUGCCAAUUUGGAGCUCAGCGUAACACAUGCUGGGAGUGGGAUUCCGGAAGCAUUGCUAAACCAGAUGUUUGGAAGUGAUGGGCAAGAAUCCGAGGAGGGUAUUAGCCUGCUUAUCAGUCGAAAGCUGGUAAAGCUCAUGAAUGGAGAUGUCCGUUAUCUGAGGGAAGCAGGCAAAUCAUCCUUCAUUAUAACAGUCGAACUCGCUGCAGCCCAGAAAUAGAGGGCUUAAAUUUUGAAAAUAAGAUGAUACAAUCUGUUUUGUAGAUCACGAAGCGAUUGGGGGAAGGAAUGGCGUUCCUUCUUAAAUGUAACUUUGGUUUCAUUUGUUUAACGUUUUGCCACUGGCCGCAUUUCUGUAACAUACUGUACCUGUACGCUGUAGAUAUGUAUUAAUUUUACUCA